AGCCGUCGGCCCGCCCUCGCCGCUGCCAUGGCGGCGGCUCCGCCGCUCUCCAAGGCCGAGUACCUGAAGCGCUACUUGUCCCGGGCAGAUGCGGGCGCCCCCGGGGGUUCCGAGUCCGUGGCCAAGCGUCGCAAAAAGCGGCCCAAGCCCGGCGGUGCCGGCGGCAAGGGAAUGCGGAUUGUGGAUGAUGAUGUGAGCUGGACAUCUAUCUCCACCACUAAACCGGAAAAGGAGGAAGAGGAAGAUGAUGGAGAUUUGCCUGUGGUGGCUGAGUUUGUGGAUGAGCGACCCGAAGAGGUCAAGCAGAUGGAAACCUUUCGUUCCAGUGCCAAAUGGAAGCUUUUGGGAGGCCACAAUGAGGAUCUAUCUUCGCACAGACAUUUCCAUCUUGAUUCCCCAGAUCCUUCUCCUCCUCGGAGGGUUCGUCAUGACUCCCCAGAUCCUUCUCCUCCUCGGAGGGUUCGUCAUGAUUCCCCGGAUCCUUCUCCUCCUCGGAGGGUCCGUCAUGAUUCCCCGGAUCCUUCUCCUCCUCGGAGGGUCCGUCACGACACCCCAGAUCCUUCUCCACUGAGGAGGGUCCGUCAUGACUCCCCGGAUCCUUCCCCGCCUAGGAGGGUUCGACACGACUCUCCGGAUCUUUCUCCACCUAGGAGGGCCCAUCAUAAUUCAUCGGAUCCCUCUCCUCUCAGGAAGCAUCGUCUUUCAGGUGCAUCUCCUAGGAGAGCUCGUCAUGACACACCAGACCCAUCUCCUCCUAGGAGGGGCCAUCACAGUUCCUCGGAUAUCUCUCCCUAUAGAAGGGUCCGUAGUAGCUCCCCUGACACAUCUCAACCUAGAAGGACUCUUGACUCCUUGGACACAUCGCAUCUCAGGAGGGCCCGUCACGACUCCCCUGAUUCAUUGCCCAGAACCAAAAGCAGUAAAGGCCCAGAGAGACCCUCUCACAAAACUCCACAUUGGAAGGAGCCAGGACCUUCUCAUCCCUCAUUCCCGAAGAAUAGCAAGUAUGAAUAUGACUCGGACCUCUCUCCUCCACGAAGAGAGCAAGCAAAGUCCCAUUCUGGAGGUAGACAGCAUGACUCUAAAGGCUCUUCACCCAGCCAUAGGAAAUAUCAUACAAGCUCUUCACCUAGAAGACAUCAGAGUCACAUGUUGGACUCUUCUUCUUACCCAGGUGACAGUCAGAAAGCCUCUGAUUCAGAUCUGUCACCUCCACGGAAUAAGCGGAGUUCAAGGCACCAGGAUUCUGAUUCUGAUCUGUCACCUCCACGGAACAGACCUCGGCACCAGAGCCCUGAUUCCGACCUCUCUCCACCAAGGAGGAAGCAGAGGGCCAGAUCUUCUGAUUCCGACCUCUCUCCACCAAGGAGGGCCCGGCCUCUGGGGAAGAAGGCUGCACACAUGUAUUCUGGGGCCAAAACUGGGCUGGUGUUACCUGACACACAGCGUGAGCAGCAGGACCUCAAGAAACGGGACCAGGAAGCCGCGGCAUUUGAAGCUGAAUUCCAGUAUGCUGAAACCGUAUUUCGAGAUAAGUCUGGUCGUAAGAGGAAUUUGAAACUGGAACGUUUAGAGCAAAGGAGAAAAGCAGAGAAGAACACAGAGAGAGACGAGCUCUAUGCCCAGUGGGGAAAAGGGCUUGUCCAGAGCCGGCAGCAGCAGCAAAAUGUGGAGGAUGCAAUAAAGGAAAUGCAGAAGCCUCUGGCCCGCUACAUUGAUGACGAAGAUCUGGAUCGGAUGCUGAGAGAACAAGAAAGAGAGGGGGACCCCAUGGCCAACUUCAUCAAGAAGAACAAGGCCAAGGAGAACAAGAAUGAGAAAGCGAGACCUCGCUAUAGUGGCCCUGCACCUCCUCCCAACAGAUUCAAUAUCUGGCCUGGAUAUCGCUGGGAUGGAGUGGACAGGUCCAAUGGGUUUGAACAGAAGCGCUUCUCCAGGAUCGCCAGCAAGAAGGCGGUGGAGGAGCUCGCCUACAAGUGGAGUGUGGAGGACAUGUAACUGUCCCGGUGGGGUGCUGUGGGUUGUGGUAGAGGACAGAGGGCAGUCAGGUGUCCAGCUGUGACAGCUGUCUGUGCUGAUAAUCAGGGCCCACACACACCAGCAACUCUUUGAUGUUAGUUCUGACCACUAGCAUUUGAGAAGAAGAGUGUUCGAGACCCGACGUCAGGACCGAGGCCCUGCGGUUCCCCAGCUGCGCGGACGCUGGUGAUUCGCUGGCUUCCGGAGAAGCAUGGCUUCCCAGUGCCCAGGGUUUGUUUUCGGUUAGGUUU